AUGAAGCAAAGUGUGAAGCUUAUCUUGUUGGCGUUGGUGCUGUUCUGCGCAUAUUGUGCGAAGGCUCAGGACGAGGAGGCCACCGAUCCUGGCAUUGAUGCGGAAUCUCCAGCGAAUGCGAAUGGCACCAACCAAGUAGAAACGAAAAGAGCUGGUCGCCUCAACGGUGGCGUCCAGUCCGCUAUCGCAGACUAUCCGUACGUAGUUUCGGUAAUAGUGCUAGAUGGAGCAGGAUAUUCAAAUUAUUUAGCCGGCGUUAUAAUAAGCGACACCCAAGUCCUCACUGCGGCAUCCGGCGUUGUAUCUUAUGUCAAUGGAAUCGCAUCGAUUACAAUCCGUGCGGGCAGCGUUUACAAGGAUCAGGGCGGAUUCACUUUUCCCGUUUCCAAGCGUGAGCCUCAUCCGCUUUAUGAUGACACGACCAAAGAGAACGAUGUGGCUGUUUUAACUAUAACGGGCAGCUUCAGCGGGAAUGCAAAUGUGGCACCUAUUACGGUAGCGACGAGCGAUAUUCCCUUUUCGACAGCAAACCCUGCGUACUGUGUUGUUCUGGGAUGGGGCAAGGAUGUUUCUUUUAACGAAAUUACCCUGCUGAGUCGAGUAGUGUACAAGCUCGCAGCCGAUGCGACAUGUGCUGCGCAAUUCGGUGGUACUAUGCCUGCCUCACAAUUAUGCGCUGAAUCAGUUGCUGGAUAUACUUGCUACAGUAGCAUCGGUUUUCCACUAGUUUGCAAUAACCUGUUGUACGGUAUAUAUCCAAACACGGAUGGGUGCACGCCAGGCAUCAGGAAAUUUAUCAAAGCACCUGCAGCCAGUGUACAAUCGUUCCUCGCUCCAUACCUUCCGUCAGCCACAGUAACAGCAAGCCAACCAGCUCCACGAAAAAACUACGUGUCGUGUCCAUGA